GGAAAGGAGUGCGUUUGAGUACAUUCGUGGUCGUGGUCGUGGUCGUGGCCGUGGUCGUACAUCGUCAUCAAGUGGUAGUCAAACAUCUUCGUCGGUGAAUAUGCCCGGCACCGGCAGAAUGGACAUUGAACAUUUUCCAUAUAAAGACAGGAUCCCUAACAUCAUGAUGCCGUUCCUGGACGGGUGGAAUGAUGUGGUUGCAGAUGGUAACUGUGGAUUUCGGGUUGUGGCUGAUGUGUUUCAGAUGGGUGAAGACAACUACGGUUUAGUGCGUCAGUUGAUGUACAGUGAAAUCGCCUCAAACCGAGCUGUUUAUCGCCACGUGUACGGACAGGACUUGGAUAGGUCUCUGCAGCGUAUCCGGUGGGGAGGAGGACGUUGCGGUCAAAAUCAUUGGUUCGACGCGCCCCUUGAUCUCUUCGCCGUUGCAAACAUCUACAAGUGUGCAGUGAUGCAUUUCGGCCUUGGUUUGCAUGGUCGAGCUUACUAUCCGUGUACCACGGUUCUGCCUUGGUGUUCGCGUGAGACCGUCACCAGACCGGUAAGAGAGGUUGCUAUUGGAUUUCUGGGGCCGUCAUACAGACAUUUCAUCCGACUGGACCUGUCACCCGAUUUUCCGGUCCCACCGAUUAUACCAACGUGGUACACCAUUCGUACAGCAAGCGUAGAGGGCUGGGAUGCGUUAUAUCAUGACCGGGUGCAGCAGUGGAACAAUCUAGUUGCCUUUUCUAUGUGACCUAAUAUUGCUAUUGCUAUGUUUUUCCCAUUUAUUUAAUUUUCGGAUUCUAAUUUUCGUA